CCUGUGCCCUUCCUCCAUCCUCCCUCCUCCUUCCCUCCCUCCCUCCCUCCCUCCGUUUCUUUCUUCCUUCGCAAUGUUUCUUGAGGACCUUCUGGCUCCCAUCAAGGUGAAUGUCCUGCCUGAGCUCAUGUCAGAAGCGGUCCCAGAAAUGACUGUAAAACAGAAACUUGACAAGUGUGAUAAAGCUGGGGAGGGGGUGCUGGCAUUGCCAUGGCUCCAAGCCCUUCUGCGUCCAGCACACCUGCUGAACCAGCAUCUGCCUGCUGGCACUGCCACGUGCCCAGUGCUGACCUGGAUCCGGGGGCUUCCCCUGAAGGGGGCAGAGGCAGCCCAUGCAAAAGGCAGCACGUGGGAAAGCCCAGCAUGGGUUUGGGGAAUCCUGACUGUCACUUGCCCAGAAUUUGGGUUUCUCUUCAAUGAGCCAUGUGGGUGAGCUGCAGCAGGGACUUGGCCAGGCCUGGAAGGCCUGGUGCAGCUGCAGAGACUGGGAGCCGUGAGCAGGAACAGCAGGGAAGCCACAGUCAGGUCUCUGGGACAGCAAGGCCAGUGUCCGGCGGCGGGUCCUGCAUAUGUUUGUGAACCAGCAUCUGCCUGCUGGCAUGCCACAUGCCCAGUGCUGACCAGCCCCAGCCAGCCACCGCCCAUUUCAGCUUCUGCCGGACCCUCCUGGAGCACACGGUGUCAGCUGAGAGCAUCCCCUGCCACCUGCCCCGGACACCAGGCAGUAGCCUCACCUGGCAUGACCCCCGCAGUCAGAGGGCUGCCCGCGGCCGGCCAGUCAAGCUCUUGCAGCAACCCGGCACAGAGACCCCCCAGGGCCGGCUGUACUCUGAUCACUAUGGCCUGUACCACACGAGUCCCUCGCUGGGCAGCCUGGCACGGCCUGUGGUCCUGUGGAGCCAGCAGGACGUCUGCAAGUGGCUCAAGAAGCACUGCCCCCACAACUACCUCGUCUAUGUCGAGGCCUUCUCCCAGCACGCCAUUACUGGCCGGGCGCUCCUGCGGCUGAAUGCGGAGAAGCUGCAGCGGAUGGGGCUGGCACAGGAGGCGCAGCGGCAGGAGGUGCUGCAGCAGGUGCUGCACCUGCAGGUGCGAGAGGAGGGGCGCAGCCUGCAGAUGCUCAGUCAAGCUUCCUUCGGAAACAUGUCCUAGCUGCUGCCCCAGGUUGGAACCACGGACCCCAGCACUGUGACCAGAGCCCGUGGCAGAGGGCAAGGCAGAGCUGGCUGCAGCUGCACAGCUCCCCGGGACCCUGCAGGGUGCCCCAGUGGCCAGGCCCCACCGAGUGGACGGGCCAGCCCAGGAGCCCCACCUCCACUGGCCUCUGGUCGGGCAUUCCGGACACGCCCCAGGGCCAGGCAGGUGCCUGGGACCCGGGGCUGAGCCCACACUGGGUGCUGCAGCAGCACGUGGCAGGGGUGCAGCUGCUGGGAGCAGAGUGGGGGCAGACGUCCCCCUGCAUCCCAGGGAGUGUGUUUAUUUAUAUUCCUUCCCCACGUCAAUGACCUACUGCCCACGCUGGGGCAUCCCGGCCCUCUCCCACGGGUGAGGCCUGCCUGCCUCCCUCAACACUGCGGGGAGGAGCCCCACGCGGGCUGGACAGACGGCCGCUGCCUCCCUGAGUGAGCUCUGCCCUGCCCCUGCCCAUUCCUGCCUGGUCUUCCUGUUUCUAGUGCCAGCCAGCCAGGGGCAGACCACAUCUACACUGGGCGACUGAGGCCAAAGGGGUCAGGGCAAGGCCUUGCCCAGUGGCUCCAGCACCGGGCACAGGGCUCAGCGAGCACAGCAGGCCCUUUGCUCAUGUGUUUGGGGUCUUGCUUGUAAGUACCUUUUGUGCCCACUGGCGUGCGUGGAGACCUCCUUGAGUAUUCCCGUGGCCCCAUCCCCGGACUGUCCUGAGGGACAUCUGGCGCAUGUAGAUGCCCCCCCAGUGUCCACCCACCUGAGGCUAGCCUGGGCCUGAGCAGUCAGCCUGAACCAGAAGGGCACGGGUGGCCCAGGGGCUGGUGCUGCCAGCAGGGGCGGCAGGGUGGCCUGGCAGCCCUGGCUCCCUUGCACCGCUGGCCUCUCCCGUCCCCUCGGGGACUCUGAAAAUCUCAGGUACAGAUGAGGCCGAGCCCCCAGGCCCCUCCUCACGUGCACCUUGGAGCCUCCCACCCUCUGUGUCUCCAUCUGGCCAACCCGAGGAUCCCUCCUUGCCUUGUGCCCUCCGAGUUGUGCUGCCCCAGCGCCUUCCCCUUUCCCCCUCCCCUGUCUUGUCUCCUCGUCUUCGUUUCGUGUUUAUUUUUUUAUAUUCUGACGAAAAAUAAA